UAAAAGAGAGGCUGCUUCCAAGGGGACUACUACUACUACAUGCUCCGACGAUUUUAAGGACACGGGAAGAGACGGCUUUGGCGGAGUCACUCGUGAUUUUGCUUAUUGGUUUUUUGGGUUCACUAGAAAAUUCCUCUUCCAUAUCUACUGAGAUGUUAGCGUUAUUUCAUGAUUUACGCAUUGCACAACAGCACAACAUUCAGCCUUUAGAAAUUGAAAUUGACUCUCAGGCGGUAAUACGUUUAUUGUGUAAUCCACAUACUCAUGCGUCUCACCUUUUGCCUGACUGCAAGUGGUUACUACAUCAGCUGAAUGAUCCACCACUAUGGAACAGGUACAGGGAAAACAACGGAGUAGCAAAUAGAUUAGAUAAAGAAGCCACUACAAACAACUUUUUGAAAAGAGAUUGUUGUGUUGGACGUGCCACCGGAUUCUGUCAACUCAGCCUACAGAAUGAUCAAAAAGGAAUUUCAAGAAUACGGAAUAUAUCAGCUUUCUCUAGUAAUCAUAUUAGUUUAGAUAGUAGUAACUUAGGUACCUCGCUUAACGUUUUGUAUCCGUCACUUUCGUCUUUUUGUGUACUUUGCAUUCUUUGGGUAGCAUAAUCCCUAUAUCGAUGUUUAGUAAUAUAUGCAAUAUCUUUGUUUACCAAAAAAGAA